UAGAGAAAACUUUAUUAUUUAUGUAACAUACUAUACAUUAUUCCUAAUAAACUGACCCUGAGUUUACCCGGUAAUAUUUGAGCAGUAAAAGAACCAAAUUUGAAUGACGUUCAACAUAAUGCGUGAACACGCCGCUAGUGUUGUCGGUACUACUUCAGGAAGCUCAGUGUUCAGACAAAGUACCCCCCCGUCCCAGUCCGGUCGACCCGCGCAUGCGUCGUGCCGCGGGUCUUUAGCACAUUGGAAGUGUCGGAAGUUUAGCAGCCGUGAUUUAGCACCUAAAAGCUAACGAUACAGACUCGUCCCCACCGUAAAACUUGAUUUUCAGGAACAAAAAAGUGUAUUUGGGCGAAAGGUCGCACAUUACAGGGAACCACGGAGGACAGUGUAUGGAUUUAAAUCGUUUUCUAUUGUUUGAUAAGCAUAAUAAACAGCGUUAGACAGGUUUGAAAGAAGUUGUGAUUGUUUUUGGCGCUCUAGUAGCGCAGAGGAAAGAUGGACGCUCUGCGGCUGUAGCAGCGAGCUAACCCUAGCUGGCUUCUUCGCCUACUGGUCAGCGAAGUACGUGGACGCAUCCGAGCUACUACACUGAUCUGGGGGAAAGUUUGAACGCUUUAUACCACCACACCAGCGGUUCUGAUUUUCCUAGAACCUGUCGACGUAGUUUCAAAAAAAGCUGAAACUUAACCACAGCAACAUUUUUAAAUAUGUCUGUGCAGCUCUGCUCUGCAUGUUUGCCGAUCCACUAAAGCAUGAGUGUCCCUCAGGCUCUGAGGAUGGGACCAGGGCUACUGGAGGCAGGAUUUAGAUGUCACAUGGUGCUCUGAAGAAGCCAUGGGUAGCUGCUUAAGCUGUCCAGAGAAAGAGUCAAUUCCAGAUAAUCAUCUAAGUAAAUUCAAGGUGAUCAACGUUGACGACGAUGGGAAUGAGCUGGGCUCAGGUGUGAUGGAGCUGACUGACUCUGAGCUCGUACUCCACACCCAUCGCCGAGAUGACGUCAGGUGGCCAUAUUUAUGCCUGCGGCGCUAUGGCUAUGACUCUAACUUGUUCUCAUUUGAGAGUGGUCGCCGCUGCCAGACAGGCCAAGGCAUUUUUGCUUUUAAAUGUCCACGAGCUGAAGAGAUUUUCAACAUGCUGCAAGAGGUGAUGCACAAUCACAGCAUCAGUGUGGUGGAGGAGGCCGUGCUGGAGCCCAGUCACCAGCCUGCACAAACUCCUGCAGCUCUAGGUUACUCAGUGCCAACGGUGCCAAAUGGUGUGACCAGGAUUCCCUCAGUGGGUGAAGCUCCAUCUCACCCCUCCACCCGUCACCCGUCUGUGGCCAGCACCCGUCUUCCGUCGGUGGGGGAGGAGUCUACUCAUCCUCUGCUAGUGGCUGAUGACGCGGUCCAUACAUAUGUCAACACCACCACGCUUCUGGAGGACCAGCCCAGCCCACUGACAGUCACCACCCCUCUGGAGAGUCCCACAUCACCCCAGUCCCACUGUCCUCCGACUCCCCCGCCCCCUCCGAGGGUCCGCGGCGACCCUCCGGCCCCACCCUCCCAGCCUGAACCCCAGGUGCUGCUGGAGCCUCAGGGGGUGCGUUUUGUGCUGGGCCCAACCCCAGUUCAGAGGCAACUAAUGGAGAGGGAAAAGAGGCAGCAGGAGCAAAAGGAGGCCCAGGGGCCCCAAGAGACUAAUGGCCACACAGAGGACCCCAAUGAGGCCGAGCAGGCCCUCAUACACUCCAGUGGUUCCUCCAAUCCAUCCACAGCUUCUCGUCGGCAACGGCCGCCCCCCAUCACUCCCGACCUGCAGAAUGUCAACAACUCAGCCCAGCGGCGCACGGCCCUGCUGGACUACGAGAACCUGCCAGCGCUUCCCCCAGUGUGGGAGGCACGGAAGCCGAGCUUUGAGGAUGAGGAGAGCGGUGGCCUUAAGACACCGUCACUUAAUGGCUUCAACCACCACCCCAACCACGGCCUGUUGCACCACUCCUACUCUCACCCCCUGUCUGCUGCCCUCGAGCCCUCGCACAACUACGUCAACACGGAGAAUGUGACAGCGCCACUCAGUGCACACCGGCCAGACACUGCCCGGCGCCGUGCCGAUGGCCCCACUAUCUUUAACUUUGACUUCCGCAGAACACCGCUUCUUGGUCACCCGGACCCCCCCAAGACCCUCAACUACAUUGAGGUGGAGAUGGACAGUGGUGCAGGAAACAAAGGCGCCUCAGAUGGCAGCAACCCUCAUACACCCCGCACCCCCACUUCGCCAUUACCCCCCACCACCCCCACUCGCCGCACUGAGCUAUAUGCUCUCAUCGACAUUGAACGCACCGCCGCCAUGUCCAACCUGCAGAAGGCACGGCCGAGAGAUGAUGGCACAUCACGCAAGACGAGGCACAACAGCACGGAGCUUCCCACCAAAAGCACUGUGUGACCCCACCCGUUCUUUAAGCCUUCGUUUGUACAGACACACUGCCGCCACAGCUCCAGGCUCAUUAAUGACUUCCUGUGUGCUCACCUGCUCAGGUGAAGCCUGGAUGAAGCCGAUUCCUCCUGUUUCUAUGGUACAGAUCAGUAUUACUGAACAAAGCAUUCCAUUUAGCCUUUUAUAUGAUUCUCUACAUGCUGCUGUCCUUAAGUAUCUAUGGACUACAUGGUACCAGUUCUGUUUCUGAGUAUGUACAGUAGAUCUGGCACAAUAAAUGUUUUUAUUUGUA